GGGCUGCUGUACCGGGGCUCUGGCAGCUGUUCUCCGAGGGAAGGCGAGCAGCUACAGCGCGGCGCUAGAAGCAAAGAGGCCCUCACAGCUCGCCUGGGACUCGCCGCGCCAGGAGCCGCCGUGAAGGCAGAGGGUGGCACAGAAUUCACACCCCGGCCACCGCGCCCAGGGCAGUGCCAAGAGCCUGGGUUUUCUGCCCCGCCAGGGCUGUGCCAAAGGGAUUGAGUGCCCUUGGCAGUAAAGGAAAGGUCGUGUUUGCUGAAAUAGGAUUCGGAUGGAGUCUCAGUAUCUGAAGCAAUGCCUGGGAGAUUGCUUGAAAAAGGGGCUGGCAGAGGUUGUAGAGCAUCGGCCAGCAGAUCCAAUAGAGUAUCUUGCACAUUGGAUUUACCGUUACAGAAGAAACUUAGAUGAAGGAGAAAAGAGAAUGUUGGAGCGUGCUGAGCUGGAACAAGAACGGGAGGCAGCACUAGCAGAGCUUGAAAUAUUAAGAAAAAGGGAGGAAGAAGAGCGGAUGAUCCAGCAGAAACUCGAAGAACAACGUCAGGCUGAGUUGGAGCAAGAACGUCAGAAGGCUGAGUUGGAGCAAGAACGUGAGAAGCUGGAACUGCAGAGUGAAGAAGACAACGUGCAGUUGCAGCAGGAAGAUCAAAAGGAAGAUGAAAAGACGGUAUCUGAACUUACAGAUAGACCUGGAACCCCUGAUUUGACCAAAGCUGAGGAGGAGCCAGAUCAGAGUGGACAGCCCGAGAGUAAAACAGAUCUCACAGCAGAAGCAGAAGAAAGUUCCGAACAGACCUGAAAGCAUUGUAGCUAGCAUGGCUGACUUGGAGGAAGAAAACUGCAACUGAAAUGAGAGAAGCAAAUAGAUUUUCUGCUUAUUGCACAUUGAUACUUGAAGUGUAACCAUAAUAAAUACAGAUAAAAUUAA